AUCGGAAAUUUGAGUAGCCAUCUUUUGAUACUGUCGUGCUUACAACAACAACGUGACAUUUUGAAGAAUUAGAGGUGGAAAUUAACCCUUCAUCUAAAUAGUAAAUAAAAUAAAUCUUACAAAUAUGAUAUAUACAGAAAUUAAAGAUAAUUUACGUUUAGUUUCGAAUGAUAGAUUAGUGAGAACAGUGACUAUUAUUAUAACUUUAUUUAUUUUAUUUAUCGCGAUAUUUUUUCGACUUUUCGGUGCUUUGAUUAUUUACUUAUCUUAUCUAUUCGGAUACACUGUCGCCUGGUUUUUGAUAAAAUAUCAGGUGCAAACAACGAUAUUUUUGCAAAGGAUAAUAAAUUUUUAUAUAGAACGGAAAAUUAUUAAGAAAUCUUUAAAACCCUCUUGUAGUAUUUGUGACGAUUUAUCGUGUAGGAGACAUCAACAGACAAAAAGUAUUACCCCUUGGAAAUAUAUUUAUAUAAGUCCGCAUUUAAAUAAUUCAAUUGAGCACUUUUACGAGAGAAUAAUAAGUAAUUUUAUAACGUCCUGGUAUGAGCAAUUCACGGACGAUCAAGAUUUUUUAAAUGAAUUGAGAUACUGCUUUAAAUUUUCUACCUCUACUAUAGUAAAUAGAGUAUUAGAGUUAGAUGUUGGGGAUAUAGUGGCGAAUAAACUUAUUCCUUGUGCUGUGAGACAUAUUGAUGACUAUUUGUAUAUACAACAAAUUGUAAAAUUGAGAAACGUUAAAUUUAACGAUGUCGCUACUGAAUAUUUAGGUAAAAGAUUACAUGCUGCAGCUACAUCUCGAAAAAAUGAACUCGACUAUUUAAAAUAUUUAGUAUCGUCUUUAUUAGACCAAAGUUUACCAGGAAAUUAUAUAAAAUGCAGGAAUUUUUCGGUGAUGAUGCGCGAGAUUUUAGCAGGAUGGGUAUUUCUACCAAUGAUGGAUGUUAUAGCGGAUCCUAAUAUUCUUAAUUAUCUCGUUAUUUUAGCUAUUACUUAUAAAUCGAAAAAAACUACUAAAAAUAAUCAAAUUGAUGAAGAAGUUGAGUUUUUGUGUAAUUAUACAUCAUCUAAAUCGAAAGUUUCAUCUUUUGCUACCAAUUUAAAUAAAAUUAAAAACAACACUGAUCUUUUAUAUUCUCUAAUGCAGUUUUUGAAAAAUCACGAUCACGUUAACUUAUUGCAGUUCUGUCUUGAUGUUGAUGAUUUUAACACGAAAUUACUAACUCCUGAAUUAACUAAGAAACAAAUCGAAGAAUUGAAUAAUGAAGCUUCGAAAUUGUUUAAAGAAUAUUUGGAUAGGAACAGUUUCAGCUUCAUCGGUUGCCCUUCUGACGUUUCAGACGAAUUCGAAUUGAUAAUUCGAGACGUUUACGUCGUGGAAAAAUUAUCCAAACUUUCCAAAUUGCUUUAUACGGCUUACGAUUUCGUUUACAAUAUUUUGGAGACGGUUUGGUUGCCGCAAUUUUUCCACAGCAAUGAAUUUUACGGAUGUAUAUGUGGUUCGAAACAGAUAAUACAUAAUAACAAAAAUCAAAAUAAACUUCUGUUGUUAACAUUUGGUUCUCCGAAUAAAGAGAGAUUUAAAAAAUAUUAUGAACCGGCAAAUCAAGGUACGGUUUCUAAAAUAAGUACAAGUUUAGGUAAAAUAAAAGGAGUGCUAAAAACGACCCAAUCGAUUGAAGGGUCGUUUUUUCCUCCCGAAACUCACCCCGUAGAAAAUGGUACCAUCGAAGAUACUCUUCUAGAUGAUUGUAAGAGUAUUUUUAGAGAUAUGAGUACUUGGAAAGUCACCAUACCAAAUUACGAGGCAAAUCCAACUGAUAAAGUUGUAUAUUUUUGUGUGAACGUAGAAAGAACAGAAACUAAAAGAAAUUGGGUGGUACUGAGAAAAGAUCAAGAUUUUUAUACGCUGAAAGCGAAGUUGGUGGAAUUUCAUGGAGAAAGUGAGAUUUGCGAUUCGCCUUUACCUUCUAGAAAGGCCGGAUCUUCCGUCGAAACGAGAAUGAUGAAAUACGAGAGUUUUAUAAAAAAAUUAUUACAAAAAUCGAAUUUAAAAGGCAGCGAUCUCCUAUUUUAUUUCCUAACUAUAGAACAGAAAAAUUUUUCUUUGUAUAUAGAACGAAACGCUUCUAAUAUACAAGAUCUUGGAAAUAUCUAUCAAUCAGUGGCUCACAAAUUGAGAAAAGAAAAAGGUCAACAUCUAGAUCCGUUUAUGAGUUCGUUUUUGUUAUCUACGGGGCAAUCGAAAAACGAUAAAUUCGAAUGGGCGGAGGAAGGCGAAGAAAUCGAUAUUUCAUCCACUCAAAACAAUUCGUUUCCGAAAACUUACAAAAAUCUCUUGUUCGAUGACAAUUUCGGUGUGCAGUACAGGAUUUUAAAGGAUACUUUGAGCAGUUGUUCGAGUCCUGAAGGGAUAACGGAAAGUGUUUUUUAUCUAAUGAAGAACGUUUUCAAAAUCCCCGAAGGAAUUUUGAGAUUGUACGCAUCGGUUUGUGGCAUAGCUCAAAAUUUCGUAGAUUUGACCGCUAAAACUGCCAUAGAUAAAAAAAUCAAAUCCAACCUGAACCAAUCGAAUCUCGCUUAUCUCAUCAGGCAGUUGGAGGAUGUAGUUUUCAAUGAAAAACCGCAUGUUAGUAAAGAAGAAUUGGAAAAAAGACGGAUUAGAGCUUCCGAAACAUUGCGGGAUUCGGUAUCGACUGUGGUGACGAAAAUAUGCGGUCCAGGUGUUAAAGACGGUUUACAAUUGAUAUUAGAAAUUGUACAGAAUCCGCAUUUCAAUAAACAGCUGGCAUACAAUUUGCUAGACAUAAUUUUGACAGAAAUGUACCCGAUGCUCGACAAAUACGAAGAACAUUAUUAAUGACAUUCAAAAAAUAACGAAAACGUCAAAACUUACCAGUUAAUCCUAUUUGUUUACAAAAAAAAAUAAUUUCGUAUUUUUUCCAUUAUCUUUUUGAGUUUGUGAUAUUCCUAAAAGAAAAAGUGUCCAAGUAUUAUUUUAUUUAUUUGUACAAUAAAAUUAUAAAUAAAACGGAUUUAUUGUUCACAA